CGACGUCAUUUUCACGCGACGACCCGGAAAAAUCGUUCCUGCCUCCAGAGGCAAAAUGGAGCCGAGGCGCGGUGAGCAAAGUGAGAGAAGUGAUGUCGACCGGGAAGCUGAGCGGAGCGGAGCAUUUUGACGAGCUGAAGAGCCACGUCCAACAACUCCCUUCGCGACGCACGGAGGCGGUCAUGGCGCAGCCACGCGGCGCCUGCACUUGGAAGCCGCACAUCUGCGAGCAACUGAAGCUUCGCGACCGUCUGCAGCGCCACGGCUUCGAGGAGAUCGUCCAUCAGUACAAUCGCCUGCUGGAGAAAUCGGAGCUGCGGGCCGUCCUGUCGGAGCGCUACCAGGCGGACAAGUACGAAGUGGCGCGGGGACACGAAGCCACGGCGGCGGGCAGCGACGCGCUGGCGCUGCAGCAGGAGAUGGCCGACAUGAGGAUCCGCCAUCAGGAGGAGCUGACGGAGCUGCACAAGAAACGAGGAGAGCUGGCCCAGACCGUCAUCGAGCUCAACAACUCGAUCCAGCAGAAGGACAAGGAGAUCCAGAGCAACGAGGCCAAGAUGCAGGAGUACCAGCGGCAGAUGGCCGACCUGGAGGGGGACCGUCGAGAUCUCAACAACCGCCUGCAGGACCUGGAGCGAGCCAACCAGACUCUGAAGGACGAGUACGACGCCCUGCAGAUUACCUUCAGCGCUCUGGAGGAGAAACUGAGAAAGACCACCGAGGACAACCAGGAGCUGGUCUCGCGCUGGAUGGCCGAGAAGGCUCAGGAAGCCAACCGGCUCAAUGCUGAGAACGAGAAGGACAGCAGACGCAGACAGGCUAAACUGCAGAAGGAUCUGGCCGACGCCGCCAAGGAGCCGCUUCCCGUCGACCCGGACGACGACAUUGAAGUUCUGCCGGAGGACUCCGGGAAGACGGGCGCGGAGCAGCCGCACGGCCGGGCGCUCGGCAGAACGCCCAGCAAGAAAAGCUCGCAGCUGCCCCCUGGUGGCCUGCUGGACUCCAUCUCCAACAUCUUUGGCAGACGACGAGGCGCAAAUUCCUUGAGCGCGUCUCCGGAAAACAGCGAGGCGCCGUCGGGGGCCUGCGUGGAGGUUCGAGUCCCGUCCACGGCGCUGCACGUUUUUGAAGCGCACGACGGCGAGGUGAACGCCGUGCGGUUCAGCCCCGGCUCGCGGGUCUUGGCGACGGGGGGGAUGGACCGCAGGGUGAAGCUUUGGGAGGUGGUGUCAGGUCGCUGCGAGCCGAAAGGAGCGUUGACCGGCAGUAACGCCGGAAUCACCAGCAUCGAAUUUGACAGUGCGGGUUCCUACCUGUUGGCUGCCUCCAAUGACUUUGCCAGUCGCAUUUGGACUCUGGAAGACUACAGACUGAGGCACACGCUGACCGGACACAGCGGGAAGGUUCUGUCGGCCCGCUUCCUGUUGGACAACGCUCGCAUCGUCUCGGGAAGCUACGACCGAACCCUGAAGCUGUGGGACCUGCGCAGCAAAGUCUGCAUGAAGACGGUCUUCACCGGCUCCAGCUGCAAUGACAUCGUGUGCACCGAGCAGUGCGUCAUGAGCGGGCACUUUGACAAGAAGGUCCGCUUCUGGGACAUCAGGGCGGAGAGCAGCGUGCAGGAGCUGGAACUGCAGGGCCGGGUGACGUCGUUGGACCUGAACCACGAGCGCACCGAGCUGCUGACUUGCUCCCGAGACGACCUGCUUAAGAUCGUCGACCUGCGCACAAACGCCGUCAGGCAGACUCUCAGUGCCGACGGCUUCAAGUGCGGCGCCGAUUGGACCAGAGUGACCUUCAGUCCCGACGGGAACUUUGUGGCCGGCGGCUCGGCGGACGGAGCGCUGUACAUCUGGAAUGUUCUCACGGGGAAGGUGGACCGAACGCUGGAGCGCAAUCACAACUCGGCCAUCAACGCCGUGUCGUGGUCGCCGUCGGGCGUGUACGUGAGCAGCGUGGAGAAGGGCAGCAAGGCCAUCCUGUGGUCCGACAUGUGACGGGAGGAGCGGACACAGCCCGCGCGCGCCCACCUUUGCUUUUCGACGUCGGCCGUGCGAUCGACGUCGGAGGAUUGCCGUCCCGCCCGGCCCGAAACCGAGGGGCCCGGCGGGCCGCGGCCCCCGCGUAACGCGAGGCGAACUCUGGCACCGUGACCUUUGCGGUCACGCGGGACCGAGACUGUGGACUUGUUCGUAUGGUGUUGACUUUGUACACAUGCCAAGUGAAUAAAGGAGUCCAAGCCACA